AUGCCAGCGACGGCGGGACGGGUGCGCAUGCCGCACAACAACCGCAUGCACAGCAGUACGGCGCUCAAGAUGACGGGCAUCUGGAAGAACACGAUCGGGUACGACCCGUACGCGGCGGCGGACGAAAAGACAGAGACCAGUGAGACGUCGUACGAACAGGCGAAGGGAUUGAUGGCGCUCGCGAAACUGUCGAAUAAAUCGAGCGAUGUGCGCGGUGCCUGUAAAAAGUGCGGUAUGGUGGGACAUUUGACGUUCCAGUGCCGAAAUCAUUUGACGGUGGCGGAGACGCACGCGGACUCGUCGGAUUCGUCGUCGUCAUCGGACUUGUCCAGCGAUGAGGGCGAAGACAGUGAAGACGAAAAAGAUCAAAGGCCUUCACGCCAUCUGUCCCCGCGUCGUCGUAGUCGCAGUCCAGAAGAACGACGUCGCAGUCGCAUUCCAGAAGAACGACGUCGCAGUCGCAGCCUAAGCGCUGGUAGACAUGACAAACGCCGAUCAAGCAAAUCGUCGGUGUCGAAGAAGGACAAGAAACGCAAGAGCAAAAGCUCGUCGAAGAAGAGACACAAGAAUGGCAAAGACAAAGAGCACAGAGAGUCCCGGCGCCGCCACAGUGCGAAAAAGUCACAUGCUAAGAAGCAACGGCGACACUAG